AGCGUGAGAUUGAGCCGAUUCGGUGUUGCACUUGCAGAUCAUCGUAGCGUCAGAGACACAUAGCGUGCCUACACCCGGCGCCGAGACAUACACUUCCUCCUUGCAAUAUACUGCGGGACAUUUCAGCUUGUGCACCGUCCAUGGACAUCUCCGUCCGUGAUUCACAGUCGAUCUGCCAGUGCACGCGAGCCCUUGAGUGGGGCUGUGGCUCAUCAAACAUGCUUCAUUGGCUCGCAUCUACGGCUGCGGCGGGAGAAGACUCAAGAUUCACCUUUUUUCGAACAGUGACGACACGGCCAAAUCAAGGCCUGUAAAUCUGGCUGUAACGCUUCGCUCUUUUCUGCUCUCGGUAUGCGCUUGCACACGCUCUUUUCUGUUCUGUUCGGCUGCUAUGGACUUGUAUCUGGCCGUGUUUUCUCAAGAAACUUUCAAUUGCACGAAGCCCGUGAUGCGGCGCCCAGCGGUUUUGUCCUGAGCGGACCUGCUGACUCUGACGCGACAAUCCGUUUACGAAUCGCGCUCGUGCAGAACAACGUCGAUGGAUUGGUGGAUGCCUUGUACAGCGUUAGCGACCCGACCAGUGAGAGUUAUGGUCAGCAUCUGAGCAGGGAUGAGGUCGCGUCAUUUGUCGCCCCAGCUUCAGAGAGCACCUCCGCGGUGCAGGCAUGGCUGAACGAGAACGGCCUGAAUGCCGAUGUUCUUUCGCCGGGAGGCGACUGGCUUGGCGUCGACGUGCCCUCCAGCACAGCAAACGACCUACUUUCCGCGAAUUUCUCCGUGUUCACGCACGAGCAGACCGGUCUCCAGACAAUCCGGACGCUGGCUUACUCUAUCCCUGCGGAGUUGACUGCGCACAUUGACUUCGUGCACCCCACAACCACGUUCCCUUCUGGCACGGGUCAUGCUCCUGUUUUUGUUUCCUCGACGUCUACGAGCACCUCCCCCGUCCAGCGGUCUGAUAACACGUCCGCCGUGUGCGGCUCUGGCAAUAUGCCCGUGACGCCGUGGUGCUUGCAGUAUAUUUAUAACAUUCCUUCCGAUCCUGCUAAUUCUACAUCGAAUGGUAUCGCUGUUACCGCUUAUGGAGGCGCUAUCCCGCAGGAGUCUGAUUUGCAGAGGUUCCUUACCGAGUAUCGCCCCGACAUGAGCAACUCCACUACAUUCACAUUUCAAAGCGUGAAUGGUGGUAACAGCACCUCAAAUAACUCACAACUCAACGUCGAGGCCAAUCUUGACGUGCAGUACGCAAUUGGUCUUGCGACGGGUGUCCCUGUGACAUUCCUCUCGGUCGGAGGCGAAUUUGACGACGCCCUGCUCGACACUGCGAACUACCUGCUAUCGCUCGAGUCCCCGCCGCCAGUGGUCGCCACGAGCUAUGGAGACAAUGAGAAUGCGAUCUCGCAGAAGCUUGCGUACAACCUGUGCAACGCGUAUGCACAACUUGGUGCUCGCGGCGUCUCUGUGAUCUUCGCAUCUGGCGACGGCGGCGUCUCGGGCAACAAAAACAGCGAAUGCACCACGUUCGUGCCCACCUUCCCGUCCGGCUGCCCCUACGUCACGUCUGUCGGCGCGACCACCCUCCUCCCCAACGAGCAAGCAGCAGCCUUCUCGAGCGGCGGUUUCUCCAACUACUGGCCGCAGCCGUCCUACCAGUCCGCCGCCGUCUCGGCCUUCCUCACGCAGCUCGGCGGCAACAGCAGCGGCCUGUACAACGCGUCCGGCCGCGCGUUCCCGGACGUCGCGGCGUACGGGACGCUGUACGACAUCUACAACAGCCGCGCGGCGCUCGAGGUGUCCGGGACGAGCGCGGCGGUGCCGACGGUCGCGAGCAUCGUCGCGCUGCUGAACGACCGGCUGCUCACGGCGGGCAGGGCGACGCUCGGGUGGCUGAACCCGUGGCUGUAUGGCGCGGCGAGCGGCGCGUUUGCGAGUGUGACGGCGGGGAACAACCUCGCGUGCAGCGGGGGCACGACGGGAUUUUAUGCGACGAGCGGGUGGGACCCGAUCACUGGGCUUGGAACUCCGGACUUUGACAAACUGCUGACGGCCGCUGGUCUGUGAACUCUGAAUACUCUGUUACCGUAGGACGGUGGACUUUGCUACGGUGCAGUGUACUGACAAACGCUUUUGAACUUGAAUUUUGAACUCUGUAUUGAGUAAAGCACCCUGUGUACCAUAUGCUGACUCGCGUUACCUAACCAGCGCGUAACAGUAUGUAUCCCUUCUAGAGGUGGAUGUGUAGAUUUUCA